AUGGCUUCUCCUAACAAGGUUUGCCGCAUCACCAUCGUCAAUAAGUGGGUGAAAAAUCACCCAAAUGUUAUUCUCUCAAAAGCUCUCCUCAGGGAGGAAAACAUAAUGGCAUAUCUGCCUUCCCUUAGCCACACUAUCUUUGGUGAUCGCAACAUCCCUAUUCGAUUGCCGGUCGCCCUAGCAAGGAAGCAUUCCCUAGCUCUCUCCCUGUGGGCAAGGGGAAGAAACCUUGCAGGGAGAAGGCUAGGGCUGACCGAUGUUUGUUUCUCUAUGCCUCUUUGCCAUUCCGAAGUAAAGCAAGCGACUACCGAAGAUCUGGUUGAGCUCUCAGAGAUUGUGAAGCACAAUUUGGGCCAGACUCGGCGCUUGAGUUCCUCGUCUGACAUCGAUAAUAGCUCACAAUCUUUGCUGGUUUUCAGUGGCAAUAAGAGCGUACAUGGUUUAUAUGAUUUCUUGUUAAAUUAUAGAUCUUUCUUGACCUUCUUAGCUGGUAUGGAUGUUCCUUUAUUGUGUUCACCUGUACCAUUUCAGAAUGCUGCUCUAUCUACUCCAGAGGUAAAGUGCAUGGAGUGGAAAAGAGCAGAUCAUCCUAAAGAAUCCAGUGAUGGAGGUGAACAUGUGCUCGGUUCAUCUGCUGGCCUCUGCUAUAGCAUUGAAAUCAAGGAUGCAUAUCUUCCACCAUGGAUUAUAUGUAGUAUGUGUGCAGUAAUGGGUUCUGAAGGGAGAAGCUUCGAGGCACGAUAUCAUAAGGGUUAG